UAGAGUUUGCUCGAUACGCUGAGGUCGGCCAUUGGUUGUUUUUCAAAGAGAAAGAAAACUUGUUACACUUUACCUGGAUACGGUGUGGACAUGAAAAGCCAACGAAACCCUUAAUCGACAAUAUUCUGUCAAGCAAACCAUGAGUUUACGGUUACGUUAGACUACGAUAGAUCUCAGAGCGCUAACUGAAGUCGACAAACAUGAUGAAGAAGGGAGCAAUGCAGAAGAGCAAGCAGUGGAAUGUGAAGGCGGCUUUGCGGCUGUCAGGUCUCUUUCACUUCCUCCAUUCCUGUGGCUCUGGUUGCCUUCUUCCCUUCCUGACCCUCUACUUCCGAAACUUGGGUCUCAGCGCCACCAUGAUUGGUAUCAUCAUGGCGUCCAAGCACCUGCUCGCUCUGUUGUGGCGCCCGUUCUCCAGUGUCCUUGCCAGACAGUACGACAAGCGGCGGGCGGUCAUAGUGGGCUCUCUGCUCUGCUCUGCAUUGGUGGUUUUGACUCUUUUGCUCUUCCCGUCCACAGGAAGCCAAGCUGAAAGUGGACGGUGUAACACUAGUCAACCCGAUGCUGAUCCCACUGCCAUUCUAGAGAGGACUAUGGUCCCAUCGCAAUCAAACGCUACUGUUAACUCUAUAAAUCAAACAUCUGUAAGUACCGAGCCCUCUGUUGAAGUUACCCCACUUGUAAGCUCCAACUGGUCAGCAAGAGGCCUAAAAACUUUGAAGAAGCCUGAACAGGAAGAAGAUCCUCACAGUGAGUUCCUUGGGAGCCUAAAGGUGAUGGAUGCCCGGCAUCAGAUGUUCUUUCUGGUUCUCAUUGUGAUGGGUUUAUGGGAGUUAAUGGCCGCCCCAUUGGAGUGGACAGCGGAUGAUGGACUCUACGAAUACUUGGAUUUCGUAGAUGCCACCGAUCACUAUAAUGGUGUGAAGGUCUGGAAGCCACUUGGAGCUGCUUUUGGCAACUGUGUGGUUGGGGUUCUUGUAACCAGCCUGUUUUGUCUUACAGGAACUACAUUGGAGUUUUACUCCUACACUGUAUUUAUGAUCCUAACCAUCCCAACAGCUGUGCUGCUACCUAUCUACCUCCGCAAGCGUGAGCGGCCCACUAGUGGAGGCUUUAAGGCACUACAAUUGGUGCAUGGGAACUUGCAGGCAAUACUUUAUGCAACCACUGUCAUCUUGAUGGGCAUGGUGAGCUCAGCUGUGUCAGAUUUCCUCUUAUGGCACAUGCAGGACUGCGGUGCAACCGAAAUCCACAUGGGCAUCUCUUUAGCCUUGGCGCACUUAAGCCAAACUGGCUUUGCUCUAUUUGCUGGGCGUCUCUCACUGUUUCUAAAGUGCAAUGGUUGGUUGCUAGUACUCGCCGUUGUUAGUUUAGCCCUGCAGUCUCUUUAUUAUUCCUUCCUGUGGGGCCCGUGGGCUGUAAUACCCGCUCAACUGCUGGCAGGCUUCAGCACUGGCGCCCUCUGGAGGUCCGUAACAUUGCAAAGUGAAGACAUCGCCACUCCCGGCAUGGAAAAGACCAUUUUAAGGCUGUUUGAGGUGCUUUCUCUGGAGUUGGGAGCUGCGUUUGGCAGUCUAGCAGCUGGGUUUGUGGUGCAAAAUUUUGGGGUCCAGGUGCUUUUCCAAGGCACUGCAGUCACUCUGGCUUUGUGGAGCAGCGCUCUUGCCGUACUCAAGUGGAAGAUUCCUCGGCAGCGCCGGAUAAACUACUCACGCCUGCUGGCCGCCAACACAGAGAUGAGCGAGUCUGAGUCAGACCAGGAGAAAGACUGGCUUGAGACGGCUAUGGAAGACGACACCAGGGGGAUCAACAAGUGGACAGCGGAUCAAUCUUAAUCAAUGGAAACAAAGACUGAUUUAUUAACAGAAGGCAAAUUAAAAGAACUAAGAGUGUAAUAACACUGGAACUCUUCAGUACACUGAAAAAAUAUAUAUUUUCUUACUAUGUAUUUUUGUCUUGUUUUCCAU